GGGGUUGCGCGACCGAGGCGCCGGGUGGUAUCCGCACCGCCGGCAUGGGGCCAACACACGGGACCGGUUGCUCGGGUAGCUGCCCUCCUGGCUGCGACCCUUUGCCCGGCGCCCGCCCAGUUUGGCCGAGUCACCGCCGGCUCCGGAGACGCUCGGCCGCCCUUGGCCAAUCAGAACGCCGGCCGGGGGUGCAGCGCCGUCUUUGGGCAGGCUGCGGGCGCCACGUGGGAGCCCGCUCGAGCUGAGCUGGUGCGACCAGUGAGCUGGUGCGACCGGACCCGACCUGAUCCGAGUCACUUGCGGCGACCUCCUCUUCCCGGCGGGAUGUCGAGGAGAAUGCCCAGCGACAGCUCUACCCUGGGGCAAAGACAGAAUUCUUGGGAGUUUUCGUAAAGGUCGCGGAAGGGCGCCUUGACCUUCCUUUUCGUACGUACAUCGAACCGAAUGGUGUUAUCUUUGGAGAUCCUCUACCGGGGACCAAGACUCCCCCUCCGAGGCUUUGCGGAGGUGGCAUUUGCCUGAACGUGAAAAUAUUCUCUUUGGAAUGGGAAAUCCUCUUCUUGACAUCACUGCUGUGGUGGAUAAGGAUUUCCUUGAUAAGUAUUCUCUUAAACUGAAUGACCAAAUCUUGGCUGAAGAGAAACACAAGGAACUGUUUGAUGAACUUGUAAAAAAAUUCAAAGUUGAAUAUCAUGCUGGUGGCUCUACCCAGAAUUCAAUUAAAGUGGCCCAGUGGAUGAUUCAGCAGCCACACAAAGCAGCAACAUUUUUUGGAUGCAUCGGGAUAGAUAAAUUUGGGGAGAUCCUGAAGAAAAAAGCUGCCGAAGCCCAUGUGGAUGCUCAUUACUAUGAACAGAAUGAGCAGCCAACAGGAACUUGUGCUGCGUGCAUCACUGGUGGCAACAGAUCCCUUGUAGCUAAUCUUGCUGCUGCCAAUUGUUAUAAAAAGGAAAAACAUCUUGAUAUGGAGAAAAACUGGAUAUUGGUAGACAAAGCAAGAGUUUAUUAUAUAGCAGGUUUUUUUCUCACAGUUUCCCCAGAGUCAGUUUUAAAAGUGGCUCACCAUGCUUCUGAAAACAACAGAAUUUUCACUUUGAAUCUGUCUGCACCAUUUAUUAGUCAGUUCUACAAGGAAUCAUUGAUGAAAGUUAUGCCUUAUGUUGACAUACUCUUUGGAAAUGAGACGGAAGCUGCCACUUUUGCUAGAGAGCAAGGCUUUGAGACUGAAGACAUUAAAGAAAUAGCCAAAAAGACACAGGCUCUUCCAAAGGUGAACUCAGAGAGGCAGCGAAUCGUGAUUUUCACUCAAGGGAGAGAUGACACCAUACUGGCUACAGAAAGUGAAGUCACCGCUUUUGCUGUCUUGGAUCAAGACCAGAAGGAAAUUGUUGAUACCAAUGGAGCUGGAGAUGCAUUUGUUGGAGGUUUUCUGUCUCAGCUGGUCUCUGACAAGCCCCUGACUGAAUGCAUCCGUGCUGGCCACUAUGCAGCAAGUGUCAUAAUUAGGCGGACUGGCUGCACCUUUCCUGAGAAGCCAGACUUCCACUGAUGAAAAAGCAGGAAACCGCAGCCCAGGAGUACAGACGCUGCCCUGAUGGCUUCCUGAGAAUUCCCAUAUUAAUAAAGAAGAAAAUUAAAUGCUACCUUUCCUACUAUAAUAAUGUUCAUCUUAAUUUAGAGGGUACAGUAGUACACACUAGAAUCUUUAUUCUCUCAGCAAGCUAAAAUCGGAGGUUUAUUUCCAUAGUUUGAUAGUGCCACUUAAAUGUCAAUUAAACAGGAAUAUAACAUCUCAAUAGAAAUUUUGUUUCAUUUUUAUUACUUUGUAAAUUCAUGUGUACUUAGUAAAGUGAUCAUUUUUUUACAUUUCUGCUUUGAAUGCAGACGCAAUUUAAUAUGAUAGAUUUUUUAAAGGAAUUAAAGAUAAUAUCAGUAUAUAAAUCUUUAGCUUUUAUACAAGUAUAUUGAAUUCAGAAGUGUGUGUACACAUAUAUACACACAUAUGUUCAUAUAUGUACCACAUAUAUACAUGAUAAAUGGUUAAAUAAGGUACAGAAAUAUUUAUCUUGCCAAGUUAUGCCAAGUAAUUUCUUCAGUGUGUACUCAAACAUGUAAUAAACUUUGGAUAAUUAAAUAAUUUGCCAAAGUAUAAGCUAUAUUACAAUAUUCAAGUCAUAAUCUUAUAUUUACUUAUGGUACUCUGUAAUUUGAUACAAAUAAAAACUUGUCAUAUGGGACUUUUUUUCUGUCUUUGCCCUGUGCUCUGCAAACUAAGGAAGAAAGAUCAUUGUUUAAUCCUGGGUCCUGAAAUAAUGUCUGUUUUGUUGAUGGAGACAGAAAGAACAACAUAACACAUUGAAAAAUAACUUAGUAUUAGAGACCAGUAAGCCACUGUUGUUUUGUUUUGUUUUGUUUUUGUUUUUGCGGUACUUGGGCCUCUCACUGUUGUGGCCUCUCCCAUUGCAGAGCACAGGCUCCGGACGCGCAGGCUCAGCGGCCAUGGCUCACGGGCCCAGCCGCUCCACAGCAUGUGGGAUCUUCCCGGACUGGGGCACGAACCCGUGUCCCCUGCAUUGGCAGGCGGACUCUCAACCACUGCGCCACCAGGGAAGUCCCAAGCCACUGUUUUAAGGAAGACAAAAUGGUGUAAUAGAACCUCCAGGAAAUUCCCUGGCAGUCCAGUGGUUAGAACUCCGUGCUUCCACUGCAGGGGGCACGGGUUCAAUCCCUGGUCGGGGAACUAAGAUCCCACAUGCUGUGCAAUGCGGCCAAAAAAAAAAAAAAUCUCUAAAAAAAAAAAAGAA